UUGAAGGAGAUGUUUUCAAUAUGGAAUAGAUAUUAGAGAUAGAAUUAGUUUUAUCUUUUGUUUUUAACGCAUCAAUGUCGGAUCGGUACUCGCUAUCUGUCGAUGUUCAUUUAUUGGAAUCGGUAUUAUAUGUAUUCAUAUAUAACUCUAUCUAUGUGAUAGUAGUUCAGAUGAACACCAGUGGAACUACUCGUGUAUCCUUCAGGACAUAUUGUUCCUCCUGCCGCUCUGCACAUGAAUCACUGCUGCCAAUUAUGCUUCAGUCGUCACAUUUCAUCUACAAGGAGAAGCUGUUAUCCUGAAAUGUAGAAACAAAUCUGGAUCUCAUUUACAUAAAAUUGGCUUUCAAGCUAAAAUAAAAAGCACACUUCAACAUUUCAAACCUGGAAAAUUGGACAGAGAAUCAGCAUAUUCUGCAGAUAUACCUAUAAAUCUAUAUUCAUGGAAUCAUGAAAGGCAGCCACCACUCUACGCAACCGUGUGUGUGUGUGUGGGGGGGGGGCACAGCAGCGUCUCUCAUGAGAGCACACUUUCCAACCAAAAGAGAAGAAACAUCCACCGUUUAACGCUCCGUUUAACAUCCAAACCACGCUCGCUUCAUUAGCAUAUGAGUUGUUUUUGUUGUAGCCUAAAUACUGUCCAUAAACGUGUUGUUUCCAUCUCUGCGGAGGGACGACUACAUAACACUAAAGCGUUAGAUACAGUACACUUCCUCCUCUCUCGGGUGAAGGAGACGGAUGCCUGCGAGGGUCUUAAUGAGCUGCAUGAGAGCCGAGGAGUGACGGGAACGUGGAACCAUGUAAGAAACAUGAGUGUGUUCUAACGUUCCUGUCCUGGAGCAGCUGGGUGUAACCGUUAACGGUGCUUCACUCAGAUGAUCGCAGACACAUCUUUAAGGGAACUCUUUUCAAACGUCGCAAAAAAGAAAGUAAAGAAGGAAACGCCUUUCCAUCAACUGGUUUGGAGCCAAUGAACUAAGUCAAAGGAAAGUGUAGUUCCAUCACAUGUUAGCGCUGCAGGCUACUCUUUAUCCAUGGCUGUAAUCUGCCAGUAAACACACACACAUAUACAUAUAUACAUAUAUAUAUCUGAUCAAUUGAACUUUGAAGUUUGAUCAAAUCUUUGCUCUUCCAUACAGCUUCUUCAAUGCUGUACUUCAAAAAGAUCAUAGAAAUACAUUGAUGGAAACACGUAGAAGUGUUCUUAACGUCAGUAGAAGGUGUAAUCCCCCAAAUGCUCCAUUUCAAGUGUUGCAUUAAAUAUCAUAUUUAAGUAAAAGUAAAACUGUCAGAAUAGUAGUUUGGAGUGAAAGGAACACCAUUCCAAAUGUGUUACUGUGCUUAUGUACAAUGUCUCGAUGACAAGUCCUCCAAACUACAUGAAAGCGACCAUUAUGAGUAUUUUCUGAGCAGACAAACCAACACUACUUUGGUUUGGGGAAGUAUUGUGGUCGUACUACUCAAAGAGUAUCUGCUGCACGAUAACAACACCAGGUUACUUCUUCACUGUGGUCGUACUACUCAAAGGGCUCCACCAAUCCUUCCCCCUUUAAGUGAAGCACAGGUACCUCAGAAGUAUUGUUUUUGUAUCAAAGCCUCGUAUCUCUUCUUCUUCUCUGCUAUUAACACAUCAAUGAGCCUCACUGUUGUUCCUGCGUCACCACCUCAGAGCCAAAUAAGUGGGAUUUGUCACUAAGCUCAAAAAACAAGAUAUCUAAUACAGGACUUUUCUAUUAAAUAUGUAUAUUUAAGUAUAUGUGCUUGAGCAGUAUUAGUAAAAGUAUCUGAAGGGAAACAGUUGGGUCAACACUGUCAUACUUUAGUUCUUCUACUGUGAGGAUGAAGUGAGAGAGGAACCAUAAACAGGCUGAUGUAUGCAGCUCGUCCUCAUCAGCUGCUCACAGCUUCAUCUACUGUCGUACACUCAGCGGUGGCUUCUGCACUCAAGGUCACAAAUUAAUCAAAACGUCAAUAUGUGCAGUCGACAUAAGCAAAAAAAAAAGAAGCCCCGCCGCCGUCGGCCUGUCACCUGCACCAACAACAUUGAUUCGGCGCCUCAUGAAUUAUGCAAUAAAAAAGCAGCUCGAGAGCCGCGGCGAGCUCGUCUCCACAGAUAUUUCGGGAGCCUCUACAGACCCUGGAGGUGGUGUGUGUCGGGCUGUUGUCUUGUGUGGGUGCAUUGAUAAGUGUGCACAGGUGUUCACAGCAGGAGAGAGGUUCGUUAAUUACAACAUGGGGGGAACAUGCAUUGUUUUCCCUCUUGAAUCAACAAACUCUGGAGCAUCAUCUCAGAGCUCCUUGUUUUCUAGGACACUUUAUAUUUUACUGCUCUGACUGAAAUAGCAAUAAAAACAUAAAACCAUCAGUCCGCUCUUUCGCCCUUCAGCCGUACAGAGAGACUCAAACGUACCGUUGUUUUUGUUUCAAACCUGUCAGGAAACACACAGUCAUGUUAAUCAUAACUUACAAUCCCGGCGGUGCGAGGAGAGCAAUAAAAUCAAAUGAGGCUGAAAAAGGCUUAAUAAGUUUCAAUAUUCGCAAAUGUCAAUAUGCCUUCAUGGCUCUUCCACAAGGUGUUAAAUUGGACUUUUCUUUCUCUCCUGUCUCCCCAGAUGGAAACUGACACAGGGUGACAGCGAGGGAGAAUAAUAAUGAUGGAAGGCAGAGCGAUUCGUCCCCAGCCGGAGCCACAGCAUCCCUCAACCGCCCCUCUGCCGCACAGCGCCGCUCCCUGAAGGAUACGCCGACCGUGACAUAUCGCCGGCGCGCAUGACAACCUGGCACGGACCGAACUGAAAAAAGGCUGCCUCUCUUUGCCAAGAGCUGGAACAGGCAACAGGGACCAGAACGCUUCGGGGGGACCAGGCGUCGGUGGGAAAUCCACUCUUGUCUCGCUGCAUUAACAAAUGAGCUUUUAUUUGUGAAGUUAACGGCGCUAACAGCUGACUCCAUAAGGGCCAAUUACUGGCUGAAGGGAAUACAAGGGGGGCAAGAUGAAGGAGACAGCAGUUGUGGCUUGUUUGCUGGCUGAGCUGUCUCUGGCUGCUUUUGUUCUGGCCUCAGAGGGGGCCGCUCGUUGCCCAGCAUUGUGUCGAUGUGAGGUACGACCCUGGUUCUCGCCCAGCUCUGUUUACGCCGAGGCUGCCACCGUGGACUGUAAUGACCUGGGCCUCUCGGUGCUGCCGGAGACGCUCCCCUCGGAAACACAGGUGCUGCUGCUGCAGACAAACAACAUCGUUAAAGUGGAGAAAACUUUGGAAUACUUGGCCAACAUCACUGAAAUCGACUUGUCUCAGAAUAACAUUUCCUCUGUGAGCGAUGUUUGUCUGGGGUCUCUCCCCCGGCUGCUGUCGCUCCACAUGGAGGAGAACUGGAUUCAGGAGCUGUCUGACAGCUGCCUCGCUUCCUUGCCCAACCUCCAGGAGUUCUACAUUAACCACAACCUGAUUUUCUCCAUUAACCCCGCAGCAUUUCGGGGCCUGAGUCGGCUGCUGAGGCUCCAUCUCAAUUCCAAUCGACUGACAAGUAUCAACAGCCAGUGGUUCCAGCAUCUGCCCAACCUGGAGAUAUUGAUGUUGGGAGACAACCCCGUCAUUGAGCUGUCAGACAUGAACUUUAAACCCCUGGCGAACCUCCGGAGCCUCGUGCUUGCCAAGAUGAAUUUGACUGAAAUGCCGGACAAUGCUCUUGAUGGCCUGGAGAAUUUGGAGAGCAUCUCAUUCUUUGACAACUUGCUCAGUCGAGUCCCACAAGCUGCGUUGACGAGAGUGCGGAAUUUAAAGUUUCUGGAUUUGAAUAAGAACCCCAUCGAGAGGAUCCAGAGAGGCGACUUCAUGGACAUGAUGCAUCUCAAGGAGCUCGGCAUCAACAGCAUGCCGGAGCUUGUGUCCAUCGACAGCUUUGCCCUGAACAACCUGCCGGAGCUGACCAAAAUCGAGGCCACCAACAAUCCCCGGCUGUCCUACAUCCACCCCAGGGCCUUCUACAAGCUCCCCAGGCUGGAGACUCUGAUGCUGAACAGCAACGCUCUGAGCGCGCUCCACCGCGGCACCGUGGACGCCCUGCCCAACCUGCGAGAGGUCAGCCUGCACAGCAACCCCAUCCGCUGCGACUGCGUCAUCCGCUGGGUCAACAUGAACCGGACCGCCGUUCGGUUCAUGGAGCCCGAUUCCCUGUUCUGCGUGGAGCCUCCGGAGUACCAAGGCCAGCACGUCCGACAGGUGCACUUCAGGGAGAUGACGGAGAUCUGCCUUCCUCUGAUCUCGCCCGGGAGCCUCCCGGAUCGGGUCGACGUCAGCAAAGGGAGGUCUGUGUCGCUGCACUGCCGGGCGUUCGGAGAACCAGAGCCUGAGAUCUUCUGGGUGACGCCGUCGGGUGACAGGAUGCUACCCGGGAGCGUGUCCGAUAAGUACUACAUGCACCCCGAGGGAACCUUUGACCUCUACGAUGCCACGGAGCAGGAAGCAGGAUCUUACACCUGCAUCGCCCACAAUCUCGUCGGGGCAGACCUCAAAUCUGUGAUGGUCGCUGUGGACGGAUACGCCGCCCAGCGUUCAGAUCAACCUUUACAGGUGUACGUCACCUCUGUCCAGUCUCGUUCUGUCAGGGUUUCCUGGGAGAGCACGGGGGGUUUGGUAUCACAACUAAAAUGGUCAAUUUUAGUCCACGGCAGCAGCGACCUCUUGUUGCCAUUCACAGCCAGGCUCCCCGCUGAUGUCAAAGAGUACCACAUCAAAUGGCUGAAGCCCUCCACUUGCUACCGGGUCUGCGUUCAGGUCACUGCAGCACAGCCUGGAUACAGCAAGGCCUGUGUCAAUGUGACCACAAAGGAGGCAGCAGCGACCCCGGGAGGGAACACCCAGAACUGGGACGGUCUCGUGAUGGCUUCUUGUGCUGUGCUUUUUAUCGUGGUCGCCGUGGCUUGCUCCAUCAUCUACACAUCUCUGUAUAGCCAAGUGUUUUACAGGAAACUGAUAGCAGACCCGGCUGAGACCCUGCUGAUUGCCAGCACUCAUUGCUCCUCCUCAUCAUCUUCUUCUUUCCUGGAAUUCGGUGUGUCUGGGAUCAAGGUGAGGGCCACUGUAAUAGACUUACCGGAUGACUCCAUGUAAGGAAUGUCCUUGUCUGUAAGAGCACUUUGGGAUUAAGCGAAGAUGGAGAGUGAUGGACGCUGGACAAUGUAAUUUACGAGCCCUCUUUUCAAAGACGUUUGAUGGGACAUUUUGCACUGGGACUGAAGCUGGGCGGCAUCAGAGGAACAUUCUCAAACAUUUACAUAAAUGGCGAAAAGCAGAGACUAUUUUGUAUCUUAAACUGUCAUUAUAAGCUUAAUCAGGCAGAUCUCUUGACUAUAAUCUACAUGGCUACUGGUCAUUCAUGCAGUGCAACCAGAGUGAAGCACAGCACAGGAACUAUUCUGUCUGAAAUACUUUGCUGAAGACGACUUUGAUGUCUGCAAAAAAAAGAAAAGAAAAAAAAGCAUUUUCUUUGCUGUGUUACAUUAAAACGGUGCCGAGCGAAGAUAGUUUAUAAAAAAGAUAUUGUUAGUCUAGUGUACAAUCAAGUCGACUAUAACGAAAACAAUUUUAUGAACGAAUACAUUUUUCAUUAAACCUGUGUGGUGUCUUAUAACUACAAUCUGUUCUUGUUACAUUUGGACAUUCUUUUACAACAAAACAACUAAACUCUUUGAAAUGAAAAAAUACUAAUUUGUGUGGAUGCGGUUCAUAAAUCUCGUGUCCGAAUCCCACAGCAGCAGAAUGUGUGAGGUCUGCUUAGACAAACACAAUUACAGCAGCUGCCCUUCAAGGCAGGUGCUGUAACACUGUUAGGGAAAUGCAAUGCAAUCUCAAACUGUGUGUGUGUGUGUAUGUGUGUGUGUGUGUGUGUGUGUGUGUGUGUGUGUGUGUAAAGAGCGAGGACAUUGGCAAACCCCUUGACUUUGAAUUGCAUUAUAUUCCCUUUCAUUAAAAAUCCAAUAUGGAUUCCCAACACAAACCUCAGCGGUGGGUGAUGAAUCGGCGUCACGUGCAAACUGAUGGGAGGCAUUUAUCAGCGUGACUCAGUCAUAGAUCAACCGAGUUUCAGCACCUUGGACAGGGCUUUUAGAGCGUGGCCAUUUGUCACCACCAACGGGAGCUAAAAUAUGACCCAUUAGAGGCGGGUAGUGAAUAGGUCAGCAAGAACCGCAGCAACCCGAGCCAUCCUCUCUUCCCCCGGUGUGACCCUGGAGAGACAACGCCGCCUGCUCGCUGCCGCCAUCACAGGGAACAGCUCAGCAACUAUUGGGCUCGUUUGUUAAGCGCCUCGCAUCAAUAUGGAUGGGGGGGAGGGGGGAAGACAAAUGGACCACAAAAACCAGGACAAAGUGGUUUCGGUCCCAAAAAGGACAGUGAACGAGAGCGGCUGACGCCUCACAGCGCCGAUGUUACUGAUGUGCUGUCCUCUCCCCGUACGAGAUAACCCCGGACCUGGAGUUCAUUAGAGUCUGCUGCGUCUACGCUGAAGAGCAUUCUGGGUAUUUAGGGGAGCGGCUGCGUGAGGAAAGGCAGGAUUAUAUAAAAAAGGAGAUGACUUGUCGUUUUACAGGCUUUUUUUUUCCUGCCUCACUUCUGCUUCAACUCUGGUUCAUGGAAUGAAAUGUCAACGUGUAAUCCUCAGCAAACUAAAUAAAAACAGGAGAAUCUCUUUUCAAACUCUGUCAAAAAAUAAAAGACGAUACAAGAAAAAAGGUUCCUCCAAGUGAGUAAUCGCUCACUGCUGAGGGCGCGCACACAAUAUGUCGCGUCAGAUCCA